AUGCUGAGCCGUUUGUCAGGUUUAGCAAGUACUGUUUUACAAGAGCUGUCAGGUGAUGAUGGAGAUGCAGUUACUGAAUCUUCUAUUGCUGUAGAAGCUAUAGAGCCAGAAGCGGAGAGCAUGGAGGAGGCACCUGAGGAGCUAUUGGAACGCCUAGCCCAAACAGAAGAACUAGUUGUUCAGCUGAAGGACUUGAUCCGGGAGAAGGAUGCCCUGCUUCAGCAAAAAGAAAUUGUACUCAAGGAAGAGCGAGAGGCUGCAGAUGCUAAGCUGAUGAAGCUUAAACUUCAGGCCAAAGCCAAACUGGCCUCUCUGAACAAACGCAUUGAAGAGCUGUCGGAGAAAGGAUCACCGUUGCCUGCACAGACCUUAGCAGAAGAGCAAGUGUAUCCGAAGAAUAACCAAAAUACAAAUGAAGGGCAUAGAGAGGAAGCUGAAGCAUUAAAAGAGCAGCUCAGGGAGCGAGAGGAGACUGUUCAAGAUCUGAAACAACAGCUGGCUCUAGCCAAAGCAAAUCUGAAAGAUGCUGAAAUCAAGUAUGCAACAAAGCUGAGCUCCCUGCAGGAAUUGAUUCAGGAGAAAGAAGCUCUCCUAGAAGAGCAGGUUCACCAGCACCAAGCUGAAUUGCUCAAGACAGUGGCCCGGUCAGAUCUGGAAGCAGAGAUGCAGCAGAACCUGUGUACACUUCAGAGAAAGCUAGAGGAGCAGGAAGCAGCUCUGCUAGGACGCACUCAGGUGCUGGAAUUGCUGCAGCAGGAAUUACAUGCUUCUACACAACAAAAGCAUACUCUUCAAGAUCAGUGCCAGAAGAUGGAAGUGGAUCUAACCUCCCUGAGAGAUGUGCUAGAUGCAGAAAGACGAGAGUCUCAGGAUAUCAGAGAGAAGAUGGAGCUGGAACUAGCUGAGAGGAAGCUAUCCUCCCAUCGCUUGCAGGAGGAGGUGCAGUGUCUCUCAGAACAACUGGAAGAGGCAAGAAGAGCACAAGCUGAAUUAGAGGUGAAGUAUAAAGACCUGGAGCAGGAACAAAGGCUGGAGGUGGAAGAGAAAAACCUGCAGAUCAGUUGUCUUAAGGUGGCUGAGCAAGAGCUGCAGUUUGGCCAUGUUGCCCUUGUAGCUGAAAAUGAUCAGCUGAAACAGGAUGUUGACCGGCUGUUGGAGUUGUCUGCUGAAAACAGUGCUACAAUACAGAAACUACAGGAUGAACUUGUACAGAAAUCUGAAGAAUUUAUGUGCUGUCAGAAUGAUGUGAAAUCCCAGUCAGUAGUGCAGGUCUCUGAAUUGAAGAAAAAGGGUGAAACAACUUCACAGGAAAAAAUAAUAGAUCGGGAAGAUCAGAAUGGGACUUCACUCUUACCCACAGAAAACUUGAAAAGACAGAGGAGUGAAGACUUCUCACUGUCAGGAGAGCUGGUGAAUUCCAAAGCGCAGAAGCCUUUUCCUUUUGAUGACACUUUGGUGCUCCCUGAGGCAAGAUCAGAUGGGUUUCCCAAUGGAAGUGAGCAGUUUGCCGAGAAAAGUUGUCCACCUGGAAUUCUAGAAUAUCUUGCUGCAGAGAAACAGAAAGAGCUGUCAGUUUUGCUGCUGGAACUGAAAGAAGCCCAAGAAGAAAUAACUUUUCUGAAAAGGCAGCUCAAGGGCCAAAACAGCAAAACUUCUACAGAUAACCAAACAGGCAAAGCAGCUAACUGGCUGGAAGAUAAUUCCCAGAUACGGUUUCUUGAGAGGGAAGAGCUAAAGACUUCAGAUACACAAAGCGAGUUGGGCAGUAGCUCAUUACUGAGAGAAAUAGAAAUGCAGCAAGUUGAUGUGCUUCAGGAAAACAGAAUCAGUCUUCAAGAAGUGUCCCAGGGGAGCACUGUCCCCUGCAGGGGGGAGAUGGAGGCGAUGCAAGAAUUCUCUACAGCAGAUUCAGAGCCUGGCACCUCUCAAUCUCAAGAACUGGUAAAGUUGCAAAACGAAAAUACAGAACUGCAGAUAAUUCUGCAGAAAUCAGAAGAAUCCUAUAAGAAAGAUCUAAGAGAAAAAGAUGCAGAAAUAAAUAGGCUAAACCAGCUGGCUGAGGAAUACAGAAAAAAAAUAGAGGAUUCUGACAGUGCAUUUUGUGUUUUGACUGAAGAACGAGAUCAGCUCCUGUGUCAGAUGAAAGAACUUUCUAGCAGGACAGAACUGAAAGAGCAAGUGAAACAACUUGAGGAGAAUCUAGCUCUUUCAGAAAAGCAGAGACUGUCAGACAGUCAGAGCAGUCUUCUGAGAGAACAAAUCCAGAGCCUUAAAAAUGAAUUUAAAUCCAAGGAGAUAAAAAUUGAAGCUUUGCAAAAAGACUUGGAUGAAGCGCAACUUCAGCAUUCUGACCAGGACAUGCAACUAAAAGAUCUGAGAAGCCAGAUCGAGAAGAAGGAAUGUGAAAUACUUGAUCUAGAACAACUUUUGAGGAAGAAUACAGCUGAGAUAGAAGAACUUUCCCAAAACUUAGCCUCAAAGGGACACGAAGCAGCAAGCCUAGAACAGCUUGUUGCUGAACACGCCAGGACUAUAGAGAGCCUGCGUCUAUUAUCAAAAGCCCAGGAAGAAAGAGACCAAAACAUAGACGGUAAAGAUACAAAUUGGAAAUGUGGGGCAUCUGAGCAGCAGUAUGAGACAGAGGCAGCACAUAAAGAAGGUGAGGUAUUAGUAAAUAAACUUGAACUUCUGAAAAAAGAAAAUGAGCAAGUGAAGAGGAAGCUGCAAGCAGUGCUUGUUAACAGGAAGGAGCUUCUGAAGAAGGUUAGCAAAUUGGAGAAUGAAUUAGUACAAUUGAGAAGAGAACACGAAUCAGAAACCUCAGUGGCUCAGGAAGCUGAAGGGGAAGAAAAUACGAGAAGCAUGGUAAGCAGAGAAGUGAAUCUUGAAAGCCAGCCCAGUGAGGAUUAUCUAAUUCAGCUGCUUUCUGAAAAGGAAUCUGAGUUGCAGAGCAUCCGGAAGGACCUGCUGGAUAAAGAAACUACUGAAGCACAGUUGCAGGCAGUGAUUGAGGAAAUGAGGCAAAGCUUGCAAGGUAAGACAAACAUUGCUUCAAUUAAGGAUGAAAUCAUGGAGGGUCAGACAAUUGCUGGCAAAGUAACUGAAACCAGUAAAAGCCCAAAAGAUUAUGGAGAAAAUGAAAAAAAUUGUUCAGCGGCUACAAAUCUUGAAGAAAACCAAACGUCUGCUCUGAAAGAGAGGAUUUCAACUCUUGAACAAGAAAAAGAACAACUUCAAAAAAAACUUCAGGAAGCCCUGGUAUCUCGCAAAGACACGAUAAAAAAGGCUCAAGAAAAAGACAGGCAUCACAGAGAACAGCUGAAACAGCAGAAGGAUGAUUACAACAUCUUACAAGAACAAUUUGAUAAGCAAAGCAAAGAGAAGGAGAGCAUCCAAGCUCAGCUCAGACAACUCCAAGAACAGAAAGAAUCAACAGAGAGUGUUCUUGGGAAUCAAGGUGGGUUGGAUUCUUCAUGCAUGGAAGCAGAAAAUACAACAAAUAACGAGGUUGUACAAGUUGCAGAUAUUUCUGGGGAAGAGUUUAAGAAAAAACUUGAAAAAUUGCAGAUGGAGAAAGAGGAAUUGGAAUAUAAUGUUAGCCAUAUGCAAAGUGAACUUGCUUGCAAAUCAGAAUUAGCCUUUCAUUUGCAAGAGCACAUAGCACAGUUGUUUCUGGAGAUAGAAGGGCUGAAGAGAACCUCUGACCAAGCUGAAGCUAAGGCAGCCAGUCUUCAGACAGAAUUGGAGGAGCGUCAAGCAGAAAUUUCUGGAGAAGGCAGUCUGAAAGACCUGAAAACACUUGUACAGCAAAAGGAUGAAGAAGUUGAAUUUCUUAACUUUCAGUUAAGGGAGAAAAGCGAAGCUCUCAAUAAUGUGCAGGCACAGUUGCUGGAAAAAGAGGAUUCAGUCAAGAGGUUAUAUAGUCAGUUGGAAACUCAAGCUCAGGUGCAUGAGGAACAAAGCAAGCGGCUGCAUACAGAGUUGCUUGAAAUUCGGGAGAAGCAAGAUGAUAGUGCAGAAACAGCUAAGCAGAAGAAUCAAAUGCAGAGAAAGUUGCAAGCUGCACUUAUCUCUAGAAAAGAGGCACUAAAGGAGAGCAAGUCUCUAAAAGAGGAGCUGGCUAAUGCUAAAGCUACUAUUGAAAAUCUUGGUGUCAAGUUGACAAAUAUGGAAAGCCAAAUAUGUGGCCAUGGUAGAGAAACAGAUACUUUAAAAGAAAAGUUGUCAGGGCUUACUGAAGAGCGAGAAAAACUUAUUGCAGAAGUUGGUAAAGUACUUAAAGAAAAUCAGAAUCUUGAUGGAUGCUGUAAAAACCUGACAUUUACUCUAGACAGAGUUGUUCUAGAGAAGGAGAAGCUGGAGAAGGAGAUGGAAUCCUUGAAAGGCUUUCAAGCUGCUGAGAGUUCUGAGUGGCAUGAUAAAUACAGGGAGCUUCAGAAAGAAUAUGAAGUUCUCCUGCAGUCAUAUGAGAAUGUGAGUAAUGAGGCUGAGCGGAUUCAGCGUGUUUUGGAAACCGUUAGGCAGGAAAAGCAGGAAAUUUUGAUUAAGCUGAGAAAUACUGAAGCAAAAAAAGGGGAAACGGAUAAGCAGCUACAGGAAGCUGGACAAGAAAUUGAUAGAAUGAAGGAGAAAAUGAGGAAAUUUGCAAAAUCAAAGCAACAAAAGAUCCUGGAACUAGAGGAGGAGAAUGAAAAGCUUAGAGCAGAGAUGCGUUUUACAGAUGCAGAGCUACGCAGAACUGGAGAUGUCUUUACAAAUACUAGCCUGAAAGAAGAUCUGGAGAGCUCUGGGAGGGAUUACCAUCCUCUUUCUACUCAGCUUGAGACAGUAAUUGUUGAAAAGGAGUCCCUCAAUCAAGAGAUCACAGACCUAACAUGUCAUUUGCAGUUAACAGAAUCUAAGCUGAAGGAAAGCAAAGAACUGGUAGACGAGUAUGUUGCUCAGAAGACAACAGAGGAAGAAACAAAUCGGACAGUUGCCACACCACCACCAAUGGAGAGGACUGAAAAUCAGGUGGACGGAAGUUUUAAACCAGAGUCUGCUACUGCAGAGCUGAAACAAAAAGCAUGUGAAGAUAGUAGCCCUUGUGAAGAUCUUGGUACCUACAUACAGCAGAUAGCUGAGCUCAUGAAGCGAAUCACAGAACUAGAAGAUAAUAGGAGGGCUUCAGAGCAACAGCUGGGUAACAUCCACGUGUAUGUUGAGACUCUAGCAGGUGAGAAAAGGGCUUUAGAGACCCAAAUGGAAGAGAAAGUCCGUGAAUUGAGUGCUCUUCAGGACACAGUAGCAAAGAUGGAACAAACAGUUCAAAAAACCAAAACCGACCUUGUCAGGAUGACAGAGCUGAAGGACACGCUAUUGGCUGAGAAGGAUGAUUUGGAAGAAAGGCUCAUGAAUCAGCUGGCAGAACUUAAUGGGAGUAUUGGAAACUAUCAGCAAGAUGCAACAGACUUCCAGAUCAAAAAUGAGCAACUGAAACAUGAGCUUCAGAGUUUGCAGAGAAUGGUGCGUGAACUGGAGGAGGAGAAAUGUCAGAUGGCAAAGGAGAAAAGUAAAGCAAGUUCAGAAGAGCAAAAUGAAUUUGUAGAAAAGCUAAAAUGCAGUUGGAGGAGAGACAGCAGCACACAUGUAAAGGAGCUUCAGGAACUCCUGAAACAGAAACAGCAGGAGAUUAAGCAGCUGCAGAAGGGCUGUAUUAAAAGCCAGGAAAAGAACAGUAGUUUAGAAAGAACUGUUAAGGCUCUGGAAUUUGUGCAGAGUGAGUCUCGGAAAGAGGUAGAAGCAGUCAAAGAGACUUUAGCUAAAGCUGUUGAAGACACCAAGAAAGCCCAAGCAGAGCUUGCUCUCUGCAGAGUAGUAUUGGAUGACACCCAGAGUGAGGCAGCCAGGGUUCUAGCAGAGAGUGUCAAAGUGAAAAAUGAGUUGCAGGCAAACAAAGAGAAUAUUAAAAUUCAAAUGAAGAGAAAAGAUGAGGACUUUGAGAGAAGACUGGAACAGGAAAAAGACAAGCACUCAAAGGAAAUUAGAAAUAUGGAAGAAAAGCUGGCAACUUUGCAGAGGGAGAAAGACUAUAUGGAAAAAACUGUUGGUGAUCUUCAAGGUUCCUUGAAGACAAAGGAUCAAGAAGCCAAGCAAUUGGAAAGCAGCCUAAACAAAACACUAGCUCAACUUGCAGCCUUCACCAGGAGCAUGUCUUCCCUUCAGGAUGACAGGGAUAGAGUGAUAGAUGAAUCAAAAACAUGGGAGAAGAAAUUCACUGAAAUGAUUCAAAAGAAGGAGGCAGAAAUACGUUCAAAAGAGGAAACUUGUGUUGUGAUAAAGGACCAGGUGAAGCAGAUGACCAUACGUGUGGAGGAACUUCAGACUCACAUAUCCAGGCUGGAACGCAACAAGAAAGACUGGGAGUCUGAAUCCAGGAAGGAGAUUCAGCAUCAUCAAAAGACAUGUGAAAUGUUGCAGGAGGAAAAAAAGGAGCUUUUGACUCAACUUGAAGAGUCUCAGAAACUGUACAGCAAGUCUCAGAAUGACCAGCAGAAACUGGAGUUAGAAAUCAGCAGCCUGAGAGACCAGCUUGCUGACUUACGGAAUUCCUUCACCAAAUGUGAAUUGGUCAGAGAAGAGCUGGGGAGUAUGGUCAAGCAACAAGAGACCAGUAUCCAGAAUUUUAAAUUCAGCUGUGAACAGCUUCAGGCCGAUCUGCAAGCUUCUAAGGACCUAACAAAUAAGCUGCAUGAAGAAACUAGUGCCAAGGAUCAAAAGAUCAUUAGUUUGCUUUCUGCCAAGGAAGAAGCAGUUAUGGCUGCUCUAUCUGAAAUACAGCAGCAACAUUCUGAAAAGAUGAAAGAGUUGGAACAUAGGCUAAGUAAGGAGGAAGAAGAUAAGAAAGCCUUGGAAAAAGAGAAGAACAAAUUUCUUGACAAACUUGAUCAUCUCACGGAAAAGAUGAAGAUAAGCAGAGAAGAAAGUAAGCAGCAGAAGGCACAAUUGGAUUCCUUCACUAAGUCCAUGUUAUCUUUGCAAGAUGACAGAGACCGCAUACUGAGAGACUACAGGCAACUUGAGGAACGUCAUCUUGUUAUAAUCUUGGAAAAAGACCAGCUAAUUCAAGAGGCUGCUGCUGAAAACAAUAAGCUUAAGGACGAAAUCAGAAGUUUUCAUAGCCGGAUGGAUGACCUCAACUCUGAGAAUGCCAAGCUCAAUGCUGAAUUGGUGCGGUAUAGAGAAGACCUGAACCAAGUGAUUUCAAUAAAGGACUCCCAACAGAAACACCUUCUCAAAACACAGCUUCAGCGCAUCCAAACUCUGGAAAAGGAGAAGACAAUCAUAGAAACACAGCUGAAAGAGUCUGAGUAUACUCAGGAUGAUCUCAGGAAGUCCAUGGAAGCCUUGAGAGAGGAUAAAGUUAGUAUGUCUCAAGAGAUUCAAACCCUUACGUCCUCUCUGUCUCGGGUGCAGAGUGAGAUGACAGCAUUACAUGAGGGGGGUCCUAUCGCAGAGUAUCAAGCACAACUGAAGGCCCGAGAGGAAGAGGCACAAGAACUGAGUCAUAAACUUUCCCUUUCACAAAAAAGGAUAACAGAACUUGAGGGGGAACUAGUAUCUGUUCAAAGGGAUGCAGCCAAGAGAAUGGGAGAGGCUGAGGACAGGCUUCGAAAGGAGUUGAAGCACCUACAUCAUGAUGCAGGGAUAAUGAGGAAUGAAACAGAAACAGCAGAAGAGAGAGUAGCAGAGUUGGCACGGGACUUGAUGGAAAUGGAACAGAAAUUUCUUGCGGUCACAUAUGAAAACAAAGAUCUCAGAGCUCAAAUUCAGUCUUUUGGGAAGUCCAUGAGCUCUCUUCAGGAUAGCCGAGACCAGGCCAAUGAAGAGCUUCAUGUUUUGAAACAGAAAUACUCUGCAGACUUAGAGGAACAAAAGAAUCUAGUGCAGAAUUUUCAGAAACAGAUAGUUCAGCUACAAGAGGAGCAACAUUCCACUGCCAGGGACCGAGAUACAGUGAGGUAUCAGCUGACAGAACUGCAGAAGGCCACUGAUGAAAGAGGUCUCUUGGCCCAGAUUGAGAAACUUAAUCAGAAGCUCAGAGCCAAAGAUGAUGAGCUUCUCCAUUUAUCUUCGGAACUGGAAGGCUCUUCCAAUCAAGUAAAAUCUUUCUCCAAGGCUAUGGCAAGCCUGCAGAAUGAGCGAGAUCAUCUACUGAAUGAAUUGGGCAAAACACGUAAGAUUGAAGAAGUAAAGCAACAAGCAGAAGGGAGCACUUCCACCACUCCUUCAGAAGUGCAGAGUCUUAAGAAGGCACUGUCCUCAUUGCAGAAUGACAGAGACAGAGUAGUGAGAGAGCUGAAGAAUCUGCAGCAGCAAUACAUACUAGUUGGGGUAGAAUCAGCUGAAAAUUCUCGCUUAAAAGCACAACUGCAGGAAUAUCAGCAAGACGCAGAUAAACAGCACCAUCUCCAAGAACAGCUGAAGCAAGAAAGUAUUUUCUACCAGCAGGAGCUCCAGCAGCUUAGACAAGAGAAAACUACCUGGGAAAAGCAGAACAGCAGCAUAAAGGAGCAGUACCUGAUGGCCAUAGCAGAAAAAGACAAGCAGCUGAGCCAUUUACAAAGGAUCACACAAGAAAUGAGACUGCCCCUCAGCAAGUCUCAAAUUGUAGAGGAGCAGUACCAAACGAAGAUUUCUUCAGAAGUUCUGAGAGGUGACUUUUCAAGCCUAGAGACAGAGACAAAAUGUCUCCAGGCCCAGCUGAGUGACAGCCUGAAAGAACUGCACCAGAAGGAGCUCAGAAUUCAGCAGUUAAACAGCAAGCUAUCUCAAGUCUUUGAGGAGAAAAAUGCCCUCGCCCUCCAGCUGCGCAGUAGCAGUCGUAACAUCUGUGAAAGCCAUCAGCAGUACAAUGAGGUUCUGAACCGCGGCUUGGUGCUGCAGAGGCAGCUCCAGGAGCUGCAGUCUGCAGACAAGGGCAUGGAGUUGUUUGCAACAGAUGCUGCUCCAGGAGCACCCCAAGAAAAGAAUGAGCCUCAGAGAGGCAGUUACACACCAGAACUGCAGGAGUUGCAGCUGAGGUUGUCCGAAACAGAACAUUUACAUAGCAGCACAAAGCAAGAUCUGAGGUAUUUAGAGGAGCAGCUGGAGGAAGAACGGGAUCGUCGUGUUGCUGUAGAGGAGGCGCUCUCUGCAGCACAGGAUCAGAUCAGGAGGUUGCAGUCAAGUGAGUGGAUGUCUUCCUUAAGUGCUAACAUUGAUACGACUCCUGGUCACGAGCACUCCUUGCUGAUUGACUCCAUGGAUAACAAUUUCAGUAAAACUCGGAAUAUCCUUGGACUACGACGCCUGUUGCGCUCUCUCUUCCAUUCCCGGACCCAUUUACCUUGGCUAGUGGCCAUGUAUCUGCUUGCUGUCCAUGUCCUGCUCUUCCUGUGCUUUACAGGCCACCUAUGA